CUUAGCGAGAGAUGAGAUCGCCAUUGUUCAUUACAUUCCACAGCUACCACUGUUGGUUUGUUGAUCGAACGUAACACAUCUGCAUGCGUUACAGCUUCUUCUUUAUCUCGUCUGGUUUAAUUUUCUUGAUUGAUCGUUAAUUAUCUUAAUUUGUUUGGGGAAGGCAGAAGCAAUAUUAAAAAUGCAGGAUCAUCUCAUCCCUUCGUCACCAUCAACACCUACCCGAAUCCGCCGUAGACGGACGCAGGAGGUGAUAUUUCCUGAGCUAAGCAAAGUAGAUGAACAAAACAAAUAUAGAUCAAUGUGGAUUCGAACGUAUUCUUCUCUAUGGAUGCUUAUAAGCAUCAUCAUCAUUCUAUACUUGGGUCAUCUGUAUAUUUGUGCGAUGGUCGUUGUCAUUCAAAUAAUCAUGACCUUCGAGCUAUUCAAUCUACUUAGAAGACCUGAUGAAGAUAGAUGCCUACCUGGAUUUAGGCUACUAAAUUGGUACUUUUUCUUCACAGGCAUGUUGUUUGUGUAUGGACGCAUACUCAGCCAACAGCUUGUAAACACUGUAACUUCAGAUGAAUUCUCAUAUAAGCUAGUAGGCAAGGUCAUCAAGUAUCAGAUGGUCUUUUGCUACUUUCUGUAUAUUUCAGGACUUGUGUGGUUCAUACUAACACUAAAGAAGAGGACAUACAAGUAUCAAUUUGGUCAGUAUGCAUGGACGCACAUGAUUCUAUUUGUGGUCUUCACUCAAUCCUCUUUUACUGUAGCCAACAUAUUUGAAGGCAUUUUCUGGUUUCUUCUUCCAGCAUCACUUAUAGCUAUGAAUGAUGUAGCAGCUUAUUUCUUUGGUUUCUUCUUUGGGAAGACACCUUUGAUCAAGCUUUCUCCAAAGAAGACAUGGGAAGGCUUCAUUGGAGCAUCUAUUGCCACCAUCAUAACAGCUUUCUUGUUUGCAAAUGUCCUCGGCCGUUUCCAAUGGUUGACAUGUCCAAGAAAGGAUCUAUCUACUGGUUGGCUUCAAUGUGAUCCUGGUCCUUUAUUCAAGCCAGAAUACUAUUCUAUAACUGGAUGGCCUCAAUGGUUCCCUCUGAAGGAGAUAUCAAUACUACCAGUGCAAUGGCAUGCUUUAUGCCUGGGUUUAUUUGCGUCGAUAAUAGCUCCAUUUGGUGGAUUUUUCGCUAGUGGUUUCAAGAGAGCCUUUAAGAUCAAGGACUUUGGAUAUUAUAUUCCUGGACACGGCGGUUUCACUGAUAGGAUGGAUUGCCAGAUGGUGAUGGCAAUUUUUGUCUACAUCUACUACCAGUCAUUUGUUCCUCAGGACUGCUCUGUUGAGAUGAUUUUAGAUCAGAUAGUAAGGAAUCUCAGCUUUGAGGAUCAGAAAGCACUUUACUAUAGGCUGGGGCAGAUGUUUCGGCAGAGACAGCUGGAAAACUAUUGAACACUACUGCUGCCAGAUUCGCGCACAAUAUUUCUUCGUAGUUGAGAUGUUAUGGGUCCAUUUCUGCACAUUUACUCUUCUUAAACUCAUAUUCAAAGUUAUGCACCAAAAUUUUUUCCCUGUU